AUGGUCCAACUGCGCUACAAAACACCACCCGUCGGCUAUCCAUGGUUCAUCCGCAAAGUUGACCCGCACGGCAGACCAGAUCCACAGGGUUCAGAAUACCACGUCCAACAGUGUUAUCCUCGUCACUCUGAAGUGAUGCAUUUCCCUGCAUCCUGCAGGAAGAUUGCAUGGAAAGCCACAAUCCAUGACCCUCAGAGCGAAGACACGCACGGCUCUGGACACGGAAGCUUCACCGAUGGCAGGAAGAUUCCAUGA